GUCGUUGCAGAAGAUGAUCAUUAAUUUUUAAUUUUUUUUAUAUGCCAGAAGGAAUUAUUACUAGCUAUGCUAGUCAUUCCAUCCCUCUUUCCGUGUCCAGUUUCCGUUUUGCCUUUCUUUCUUCUACCACCAUAUACAUGUUCCAGAUAAUGGGUGUAAGCUGGGCUUGCUGUAGUCUUUUUCUUUACUUUGCUUUUUUUCUAACUCCUUUUCCCAUCUUGGUGACUGCCGACCUAGCUUAUGGUUAUCUGCCUGUAAACUCUCCUAUUACAUGGACCAACAGUGAGUAUGACGAUUCUGAAAACUCUCGUACUCUAUGGACCGAAGGAAAUCCUACUGGCAAUUUGAACAAAUCCAAUGCGAGAAUCAUACUUGCCAGUAGUUCCUUCGCCAAUACAGAAGAUGAAUCUGCUUGUGGUUGUGGCUUCUUCUGUAAUCAAACGUGCAACAGCUCUCUCUUUGCCAUUUUCACUUUUUAUGGAUGGAAAUUAUUUGGCGCAGAAGUACCAUGGUCUGCCAACCCAAACAAUCCGGUUAGAAAAAAUGCAACUUUGAAGCUCACUUCAAAAAGAGGUUUAGUAUUACAAGAUGCUGAUGGAACUAUAGCUUGGUCCACAAACAUCGGCAACAAAUCUGUGGCUGGCCUACUCUUAACUGACACGUGCAACCUCAAGCUCUUGGAUGAAAAUAAUGCUACAAUUUGGCAGUCUUUUGAUCACCCAACAGACACGCUGAUUCUUGGGCAAAAGUUGGUGCCAGGGCAGCAGCUCACUAGCAAAGGAGGAUUGUUUUCGCUCUCUCUCACCAGUGGAGAAGGGAUGUUUGCUUAUAUCAAUUCUAACCCUCCACUACCCUACUACGUUUCUCAUUAUCUACCUGGUAUUAUUGGCAACAACUUUUAUGUUCAACUUCUUAAUCAAAGCUUAGCUCUCUUCAGCAAUCAAUCAUCUGAGCCAUAUAAGGUAGUAGAAUUAUUUUCAACACCAUCCUCAAUGAAGUACAUGAGAUUUGAGUCCGAUGGACAUUUGAGAGCGUAUAAUGACGAUGGGAGUCAAGCGUAUGAUGUUCUUACACAAUAUAUUGAAGGUGAAAACUGUGGUUACCCUACAUUUUGCGGCAAUUAUAGUUUUUGCUCAAACGGUGAUCAGUGUGUUUGUCCUUCACCAAUAAAUGGUAAAAGCUAUUUUCGGCAUAUUGAUGACAAGCAGCCUCACCUUGGAUGCUCCCUAGUUACUCCCCUGUCUUGUAAAGCUUCCAAAAAUCACAUUCUUUUAGAGCUCAAGAACAUCACAUACUUCCCCUUUUCAUACGCCGUCGCAUAUAUAGAUCCAAACUACCGACAUAUGACUUUAGAGAAUUGUACAGAUGCAUGCUUAAGAAAUUGUUCGUGCAAAGCUGCUAUUUAUGAUUCAAGCUCCAAUUUGGGAAAUUGCUAUUUACAACCCCAAAUUUUUUCAUUGAAGUCCAAUUUUGAAGAAACAGAGUCCAAGUUUAAAUUAUACAUCAAGGUGCAGAAUAUUCCUCCUUCACAACUCCAGCUUGAUAUACUAUUGGGAUCCAGCCUCGCAUUUGCCCAAAUUCUUUUUAUUGGAAUCUUUGUUUUUCUAUUUUGUAAGGAGGAAGUUGUUGAUGAAGGUGAGGAUUCUUGUUUAGAUCAAGUAACAGGAAUACUCACAAGAUAUUCUUACGUUGAUUUGCAAGCCAUAACAAAAAAUUUCAAUAACAAACUCGGCGAGGGAGGAUUUGGCACUGUUUUUGAAGGAACUCUAAUCAACAACACUAAAGUUGCAGUGAAGUGUCUUGAUGGUUUCGGUCAAAUCAAGAAAUCAUUUUUAGCUGAGGUUAUGACAAUUGGCAACAUUCAUCAUUUUAACUUGGUGAGAUUAAUUGGAUUUUGUGUUGAGAAAUCUCAUAGACUUCUUGUUUAUGAGUACAUGUCUAAUGGGUCUUUAGAUAAAUGGGUAUUUCACAAAAAUCCUGAAAUGUUGCUUGAUUGGCAACAAAGAAAGAAAAUCAUCAUUGACAUAGCAAGGGGGCUAACUUAUUUACAUGAUGAUUGUAGUCAAAAGAUAGUUCACUUGGAUAUAAAACCUCAUAACAUCCUCUUGGACGAUAAUUUUAAUGCAAAAGUUGCUGAUUUUGGGUUGUCUAAACUAGUUGAUCGUGACCAAAGCCAAGUUGUGACAACCAUGAGAGGGACACCUGGCUAUAUGGCUCCAGAAUGGUUAAGUUCAGUAAUUACUGAAAAAGUGGAUGUUUAUAGUUUCGGAGUAGUGCUCUUGGAGAUAUUGUGUGGAAGGAGAAAUGUGGAUCGCUCUCAACCAGAGGAAGCAAUGCAUUUACUUGAUAUUUUCAAGAAAAAUAUUGAGGAAAAUCGAUUGUUGGAUUUGGUUGAUAAGUGCAGUGAAGAUAUGCAACUACAUGGAGCUGAAGUUGUGAAUAUGAUGAGGGUAGCAGCAUGGUGUUUGCAAAAUGAUUUUACGAAGAGGCCUUCCAUGUCCAUGGUGGUUAAAGUCUUGGAGGGUGCUAUGCAUAUUGAAUUUGACCUAGAUUGUUUCAUCUUGAAUCUACCUUCACCAAACAUGAGAGCUGGAGUUGAUGAUCAAGAAGUGCAUGUUGUUGUUGCUACUCCAUUAUUGCCUUCAGUUCUAUCUGGACCACGGUGACUUUAGCUGUACCAUCUCCAUUGCUUCACCAAUGAGGUAAUUUCCGUACUUAUAAUAAAUUCUCUCAUCAAGUAACGAAUAUUAAUUGUUCAAAUUUAAUGGGAGCCUUCAACACCUGUCAUUCAUGUGUUCAUAUUGGCAAUAUCAUGGCUUCUCUGUUAACAUUUAUUUGGCAAUGUUGCAGUGAUGUAUAUGUGUGUGUACUCUGCUGGUGACACUAGAAUUUAAGUUUGAGUGGUAGAUUAUUUGUUGUAUUGUUGUGUUUGGAUCAUAAUGAUCAGUGUGUAAAAUAUAGUAUUGUUUAUGUAAGUUUGAACCGAAGUUUCA